AUGACAUCCACACCCCCUCCAACAUCUGAUAUUCAUUUGGUAGAUCUGGAAUCACCGCCUUCCUCACCAUCACUCUCACGCACCAAAUCAUUCGCGUCAUUGCCUAAAUUCACCUUCACUCAGGAAUCGUUGAUACCUGAACCUCUUACUCGAAAGGCAUCAUCAAUUAGCUACAAUUCAGAUAAAUCGGUAUCCCCUUCUCAGUCGCAAGAAGGGAUGAAAGAGAAAACGAACAAACAUGGAGAAGAAGGGAAUCAAGAUGAGGAAAAUGACGUGGGACAAGACACGAUUAUCAGUCCAACGGCGUUGUUAUCACCCUCUUCCUCCCCCAUGAAGAGAGACGGAUCAGGAUCAAAUUCUUCCAGUGGUACAGCUACUUCCAAGGGAUCUUUGAGCGCAGCUGCUACUCCAUUCAUGUUCGUCAAGAAACCAAGACAACUAUCGAUAGUUCGAAAGGGUACACCACCUUCCUUCAAUUUUGAUGAUGAUCAUCAAACUGCUAUACGGGACACACCAACAUCGUCUAUACGAUCUCAUAUCCCUUAUUCCGCUUCCUCAAAACACGGACAUACUCAAACACUACCUAUCUAUCCUUAUCAGACAGCUAGUCCAUCUUAUGGCGACUGGAAUCUUCACUUAAACCCUUACGAUCAGACGAUUACCAUACAAGAGAAUAAGCAAGGAGACGUCACUUCUCCAAGACGUUCCAAAGCUACCAGGAUUGUUUCUCCCCUGCAAGACUCCUCCAAAGCGAAGAAGAGUAGAAUCGAUUAUUCAUCAUCCAACGAUCCUCCUCCUUCGUCCUUCACACCUGCACCCACCAAAGAAAGAAAAGAUACUACUACUCUCAGAGAAAGAAGAGGUAAAGCAGAGAUACUCAGUCUUUACUCUCAGUCCCAGACCAAAGAGGCGAAAGCUCCCACAGCUCAUCCGACAUCAAACAAACAGGAUGGUCAAAGCGUACAAGCCAAAUUCAAUUCAAAUUCAUAUCCAGAUCCCCCAUCAGUGUUCGACAGUUAUUCUUUCUCUUUUUCUUUUCCUCCUUCUUCUUCUUCUUCUACACCAGCUGGAAAUAUACCUUCCCCAAUUCAUACUUCUUCGGCUUUACUUGCCAAAGCUACUAGUACACCUCUGCCUACCACACCGACUACAGCUUCGUCCGUCUCAAUGGACGGCGUGCCAAAUGCUCAAGAAGUUUCCUCACCUUUACCGAAGGAAGUACCUCUCCGCCAUGCUAGUACGAUGCGAUUCGAAUCUUCUCUACCUACUACUCCUACCGAUCCUUCAUCUCGACCAAGAUCCUCUCAAGCCAUAACGGUUUCAGUGGUUGAGAAGAGGACUGAAGCCGACUCUGACAUACUUCAACCGAAUGAACUGACUCCCACUGCUGAGCUUGACAGGAUGGAGGAGAUCCUACAAGAGAUCGAAGAGUAUGGUCAAAUCAAGUUGGACAGGAAAGAGGCAGAAGGCUUGUAUAGGGGUAGAAUGGAAGAAGUCAUGGCUCGUAUCAAGAAUGCCGCCAUGUAUCACAUCUGUCUCGAUCCAUCUAAAACGAAAGGAAGCCCUCCACAAGGACAAGGAAAGGAGAGAACUUUGCUCGAAGAACUAUAUCGAUCAAAAUUCCUUGACUUUCAAGCUCAAAACCUCACCCUGAAAAGAGAGAUCCACGAAUGUCAGAACGCCAACACGACUCUGAAGGAGGAAAACGAAAUUUUAAAGAAAUCCGAAAGAUCAAAGCAAGAAGAACUCGACGAAGCUUAUAAACAAUUUGGCCAUUACAAAGCUGAAGCUGAUGUCGUCAAAUCGAAAAUACAAGAGUUACUUAUCCAGCAACAUCAAUUGGAACUUGACAAGCUUCACUCUGAUAAGAAGGGUGCGAAAGUUGUGAAGAUGUAUCAUAAGGCUGUAAAGGAGAAAGAUAUAUGGGAAGAGGCUGCGAAUGAGCUUCAGCAACGGCUGGAUACCUUGAAGAUUUCGAGGGCCGUUACUGAGACUGAGAAACCAGAUAGGGACAAGGAAUUGCCAUUUGUGGCAGUCCUUCUCGAAGGGCAUGCUCGAAUGUUCGAUCACAAAUUGAUUCAGAAGGGUGAAGCAGGAGGUCGAGAACUCGCAAAUCGCCUCGACGAUGCGGUCAAUGUGGUCUGGAAAAGUCAGAAUCGGGAGUGGAGCUCGUACAUGAUUGUUGUACACUUAUUCGUCGAUGUGGUAACAGUCACGAAGCAGCUUAGGACGGUCGGUACCACGCGAGACCAUGCACAGUUCCGUAGCUUCCUGGACGGUCUCACUGCGCAUUCGGAAUUAUCCAUUGCUCAGGAUUGUCCGGAUUCGGAACAAGCAUAUGACAAGAUGACUGAGUAUAUAAAGCUUUACGCACAUACUCCGAACUGCAAAAUUAUAUUGAUGGGCAUGCCUGAGGCCGGCAAGUACCUCCGUUUCCUCGAGUUGCUGAACACACGUAGGAUGAGAGAUAUCCUUCAUGGUAUCCAAAGUACCAAGGAGGCCGAGGAUCCUCUCAGAGUUCUGGGAGCUGGUAGACUGGUAGAAGUCCCUGGAUUCUUCCCAAUGGAGGAGGUAGAAUGGACAAGACUAUAUCAGCAAUCCAAAAAUUCAAGCGUUGUCUCCGCUGCCUCAAGCAUCGCGUCGUCACGGGCUCCGAGUGUCGCUUCAAGAGCAUCAAGCGCCAUGUCGAAUUAUACUAUUCGUGCGCAGUCAUCUCAUCGUGAACGCACAGAACCCUCAUGCCAGAUCUCAUCAUCCUCAACUAUCAAGUCCCCUCAACUUGCUGAUCCCACUCCCAUUCCUCCUUGGAACCGACCUACCCAAUCCGUCAAGCAAGCUCCACCUGCUACGAGCGAUUUCAUAUCCGUAAUUGAUCGCCGAUAUAACCUGUCACCUCCUUCGAGUUAUCGAAAUGGUAAAUCAACCAUCCGAAGUGUUACUUCACCAACUCCAGGAAGAAAGACUACAAGCAAAAACAAGCUUGUAGUCCCAAUCAAUCCAGAGACUGAUAACAUCGGAGGCUCCCCUCCUUCAAGUGACGAAGAUGAGCCGUCGGUGCAGUUACCUCAUUCAGCAGUCAAACAUGUUCAAAGACCUACCACAAUCGUGCAAGAUGCUUCGGAUGAGGAUGAUGAUGACACAGGACUUCCUGAAGGGUUCAAAAUUCGUUCAGCCACCAAUCCCACGAGGAAGCUGUCUAACCGUAUUGGCCCUCCCUACCCUACCGCUCCUCCCCCUUGGGACCGCAAGGCAUCGACUCAAAGCCCUGCUCAAGCUCCGAGAAGUUACAAGGACAUCAUCGGCAAGCACAUGACAAGAGAUGAACGAUCAGCCAGCAUCAGCUCGUUCAGCUACGGGAGUGUGAACUCGAUUCCACUUGGCAGUCGAAUAACUCGAAGUUCCUCCAUUUCGACUGAACCUGAAGAUCGAAUGUUCAGCUCUGGGCCACAGGAUAUGGGCGGACAUCGAGCUAGGCGAAAGGCUGAAGACUAUACGGUAUGUGGAUUGCGCUCCAUGUUUCUCCAGAAGAGUAUCAGCUGA